AAAACGCAAGUGUGUCGAUUAUAAUGAUAAGUGCGCUUUACCAACUGACAAUGUCGAAGAUUUAGAAUCUCCAAGUGGUGGCAAACAGAAAACAAAAACUAAUGAUGAAGACUCCCUUCAAGGGUCGUCUUCGCGUGCGUUCACUCGAAAUAUGCCUCAUAAUGGUGAGAACGAAGCUUCAUCUGGACUCGUUCAAACAAGGAAAAAGAAAAAGUUGAGCUUGGGUAAAAAAGGAUCAAAUAAAGAUAAUAAAGAAAAAGAACCUGAUGUGGAGAAAUCCGAAGAAACUCCAAAAUAUGGAGGUGCUCAAGAGAUGAAUAUGGUAGUUAUCACAGACCCGACACCUACCAAUGUCAAUAUCAAAAAUGGUGCUGAAGAUGACGAUUUAUUUGAUGAUGGCGAAUUAAGCGAUCCGUCUGCAAAAUCAGACGAUGAUUCAGAUGAUGAUAAAUUCGUUUUUGAUGUUAGUGAUGACGAAAGUGAUUACGAAGAAAGCAGUAAAAGUAAAUCAAAAAAGAAGAGUCCAAAUACGGGAAGAAAAACGAAAUCAACGUCAGCGAAAGAAAGCGGUGGAAAAGGUAUAGGAAAGAAACAAACAAAUACUUCUGAACCUUCAAAUAAGAAGACUGUAUCUUCACUUCUAACCAAAAAAACGAUUGGAGGAUUAAAGAAGAAAGCGAUAGGAGAAUCAAUUCCUUCAACACCAAAGUUUACUUCUGGAGCCUUGAGCAAAAUACCUUCUUCAGGUCUAUCACGUAAGCUAAAAGUCAAACCGCUUCAUCCCUACUUUAAGAAACAAUAA